AUGUCUGAGGAAACAGCUCCUAUCCCAAGGCCAUCCCAGUCUGCCAUUGAUGCGGGCACCAUCCGUCAAGUGGUUACUGUGAUUUUGGUAGAUCGCCAUAUUACUGUUCGUCAGCUGGCCCAAGUUAUCAAGGUCAGUGUUGGCACCGUGGACAAAAUAAUUCAUGACCAUUGGCAUAAGCAAAUGUUAUCUGCUCAUUGGGUUCCCAGGUUACUCACACCUUUCCAGGAAGAAGAACAGGUCCAUUGUACCAUGACUCUUUUGCCCAUGUACUGCCGUUACAGGAGCCUACUACGCUUCACUGCUACAGAAAUUAUGGGAAGCUAUCAGUACCAAGAGGCGUGGGAUGUUGACCAAUAUAUCCGCUUCCUACAAAUAAACACCCCUGUUCGCAAUUCUCACAUCGCCCAGACGGAAAUGCGGUCUUGUGGCUACAACAUCUUCUGA